AUGCCACAUGGUGCUGUAUGUCUCGACGUGGCCACCGAUACCAUUCGUGCUGAUGACAUCGGCAUAGCCUUGGAUUUCCUCCGCUGGCUCAUCUUUGGAUGCAAGGACGAUAUGAGGAAUUUAGUAUCAAUGGCGCACGGCAACCAAUCAACGAAUGAAACGGAAGAUAUUAGCCCGGUGAACUCCAUAAUUCGCUCUAAAGAUCAGACUGACGAGACAAAGGUAGACAACAACGAACUUUACCCGGUCGGAAAUGAAUGUGACAAGAACGAUGACGCUCCCUACUGUUCCCUUUCUGAGCGCCGAAAGAUCUCCGUGAUGCUAAUAGCAUCAUUUUCCGGCAUAAUAUCCCCAAUAUCUGCCAGUAUCUAUUAUCCAGCACUCCCCACCAUUGCGAAAGACAUGCAUGUUUCUAUCUCCUUGAUCAACUUGACUAUCAUGACCUAUCUGAUAUUACAAGGAAUAUCUCCCUCUUUCACCGGAUCCUUUUCUGAUGUCUAUGGACGACGGCUCGCCUACAUGCUCUGUUUCAUCACCUACAUCGGGGCAAAUAUUGGCCUUGCAUUACAGUCCGAUUACGCAGCUUUAAUGGUCCUGCGUUGUGUCCAGGCGGCUGGUAGCAGCGGAACGAUCGCGAUCGGAAGUGCUGUGGUUGCAGAUAUAUCGACACGAGCUGAGCGAGGCAAAUACAUUGCAUAUGCCACGAUGGGGACGACACUGGGACCUGCUCUGGGUCCUGUUCUUGGAGGUCUCCUGGAUCACUUUCUUGGUUGGAGAUGGGUUUUUUGGUUUCUUGUCAUCUUAGGUGGCUUCAACUUUACCCUCAUUCUCGUGGCAUGUCCAGAAACGUGCCGUGCAGUGGUGGGAAACGGUUCAAUUCCCCCUGCUAAAUGGAAUCGGCCUUUGUGGGUGAUACUGAGGGAUUCACUAAGACCUCAGAGCCAUAAGGCCGGAAAGAGGGUUGACUAUGAGACUCUGGAAAGGAGCAAAACGCGCCCGAAUCCAUUGACUUCUGUUCGUAUCGCUCUGGAAAAAGAGGGUGGUUUGAUUCUCAUCUACGGGGCACUGCUAUACGCCGGUUACAUGAUUAUUCUGAGCACUCUGACCUCGCAGCUGGAGAGCGAGUACGGAUUUAACUCCAUCCAGGUGGGAUUAUGCUACUUACCUAUGGGAAUCGGAAGCCUGACAUCCCGUUGGUCCGCAGGACCUUUGCUGGAUUGGAAUUUCAAACGGGAAGCUAAGCGUCAAAACCUACCUAUUGUCAAGAAUCGCCAACAAGACAUCCGAGACUUCAAUAUUGAAAGAACUCGUCUGACUAUUACAAUACCUUUCGUGUAUGCCGGUUGCCUGUUCCUUCUUGCAUACGGGUGGGUUAUGAGAUUCCAGACUCACCUGGCGGUUCCGUUGGUGUUGUUGUUCUUCUCCGGCCAUCUCACCACGGGGGCUUUUUCGACCCUUAGCACGCUGAUCGUUGAUAUUCAUCGCCAAAGUGCGGCCACCGCCGUGGCUGCUAAUAACUUGUUUCGCUGCUUGCUUGCGGCUGGUGCGACAGCUUUCGCGGCACCCCUGAUCGAUCGUAUUGGCAUUGGCUGGACGACUACGUUUAUUGUAGGUGUUUGGAUUGUCUUCAGUGCGUGUCUGUGGGCGGUUUAUCUCUGGGGACAUAAAUGGAGAGAUGAAUUGCGUGUUAAACGGAGUGAGGGAGAUGGUAGCCCAGCAUAG